AUGACACAACGAACAACAAAAAUAAAUAUUUCUGGUCGAGAGUGGAUCGUUGGAGUGCCUCUCGGAAAUGACUAUAGAAGUGUGUUGGUGGAGGAAUUGAAGAAACUGCGUGGAGAUGACGGAAAUGCUUUACCUCGGGGAGCUGUUUCAAAUUGUGCUCAGAAAUUUAAAGUGGCUCGUAGUACUGUCCUGGCCGUAUGGCAAAGAUACUGUGAUACUGGCUCGGUUUCCCCACGAAGACGUUCAACAUAUCGGCCUACACUACUAACAGACGACGACUACAGGUACAGGUACAUAGAACUUUUGAAAACUGAACAUCCUUCUAUGAGUUAUGAAGAUAUUCGACAAAAGUUAGAAGAAAACGCGAAUGUGCAUGUUUCAAAUUCAACAUUAUGUCGUGCAGUGAGAAGCGGCCUGCGUCAAACAAAAUGGACAUGGAAAAAAAUGAUUAAACCUGCUGCAGAAAGGUUUACCGAGCGGAAUCUCAUUUAUACUGAAGCAUAUCUUCAAGCAUUUCGCGAAAUCGAUCCAAUGCGCAUUCGUUUUUUUGAUGAAAGUGGUUUCACUCUCCAUGCAUCCCAACGAAAUUAUGGACAUGCUCAAAUUGGACUUCCUGCUGUAGAGAUUCAACGUUAUAACUCAGGGGCAAAUUUCACCUUGAAUCUACUGAUUAGCCCAUUUGGUGUUUCACAUGCUAAUAUUGUUCGUGGUGCAUCAAAUACCGAUAGUUAUCUGCAAUUUUUUAAUGAAGCCGCUAAUACAGUCAUGGAAAACGGUAUGCCCGCACUUUUACACGGCAAUGUUGUCGUUGUAGACAACUGUCCCACUCACCAUCACAGGGGCGGUGCAAUAUUAUCCGAGUCUUUAGAUAAUCAAG